AUGAGAAGCUGGAAAGAGUUCCUACUCGCAGCUGUGCCUCUGGCUGCCGCACAGUCGAGCACCACUGCACCCGCCGAUGGCUUGACCACAGCUGCCGGAACACAGACUGGCUCAGUUGGCACAGCUACGAUCAAUGGAUCACCAACAACAUACUCCGUAGCCUUCACCGUGCCGGCCUCUGCAGACGUUGGUCCGAACCUCCUACCUAACAUCAAGGACCCAAAUGCGAAGCAAGCCCAGCAGCUGUGCCCAGGUUACAAAGCAAGCGGCGUCGAGAGGACUGCCCGUGGAUUUACGGCCAGUCUCACGCUUGCUGGCGAGCCUUGCAAUGUCUACGGAACAGAUGUUGAGGAUCUCACCUUGACAGUGGAGGUGCAAACGAGCCACCGCCUGCGUGUCAACAUCGCACCAAUAUACCUCGACAGCUCCAAUACUUCGCACUUCAUUUUGCCCGAGAAUCUGGUCCCAGCUCCGAAAAACGGGGACCUCCCACAAGACAUUGACCUGGAGCUGAGCUGGAGCAAUGAGCCUUCCUUCUCUUUCGUGAUCGUGCGCAAGUCGACCGGUGAUGUGCUGUUCGAUACCCGAGGCAGCGUCCUCGUCUACGAAAACCAGUUCAUCGAGUUCGCAUCACAGCUUCCGAAGGACUACAACCUGUACGGCAUGGGCGAGCGCAUUCACGGCCUUCGGCUCGGGAACAACUUCACCGCCACCUUCUAUGCUGCAGAUGCUGGAGAUCCGAUCGAUGGCAAUAUCUACGGUAAUCAUCCUUUCUAUCUCGAUACUAGAUACUUCGAGGUAGAUGAGUCUUCUGGCGAGCGCACGAUGGUCACCACGCAAAAUGUAUCUGCGACUGGCAACUACGAGAGCUACAGCCACGGUGUGUAUCUACGCAAUGCUCAUGGAGGUGAAGCGCUUAUGCUGCCAUCGAACUUGACCUGGCGUACGCUUGGUGGCUCGAUUGACCUGUACGUCUUUGACGGACCCACAGCGGAAGAUGUCACGAAGCAGUAUCAAAGCGGAGCGAUUGGUCUACCGAAGAUGGAACAAUACUGGACGUUCGGCUACCAUCAGUGCCGGUGGGGUUACAAGAACUGGUCGAUGGUGGAGGAUGUCGUCAACAACUACCGAGCCUUCGACAUUCCUCUGGAAACUGUCUGGACGGACAUUGAUUACAUGUUCCAGUACAGGGAUUUCACGAACGAUCAGAACACUUUCCCAUAUGACGAGGGCGAGGAGCUGCUUUCACGAUUGGCGGCUAAUGGACAACACUACGUUCCCAUUGUUGAUUCCGCCAUCUACAUCCCCAACCCAAACAAUGCUUCAGACAACUACUCAUCGUACACUGAUGGUCACGAGCGCGGCGUCUUCCUCACGAAUGCCGACGGCAGCGAGUAUAUUGGUUCAGUGUGGCCAGGGUACACCGUCUUUCCCGACUGGCACGCCUCUGAUAGCGUAUCAUGGUGGUCAGAUCAGCUGAAACAGCACCACGAUAACGUGCCCUGGUCUGGCAUUUGGAUUGACAUGUCUGAAGUCUCAUCGUUCUGCAUCGGCAGUUGCGGUACUGGUAACUUGUCUUUGAAUCCAGUCCACCCGCCCUUCGGCCUGCCAGGAGAGGAGGGCAGCAAGAUCUUCACCUACCCCGAGGGCUUCGACAAGACCAACAAGUCCGAAGCAGCAAUGGCUUCGUCGCUCUCUGCUUCACAAGCCAGUGCGGUGGCGAAAGCGACUCCUCCGAGCACAGCGACCACACCGUACUUUGUUCCUACGGUGACUCCGGGCGUGCGCAAUGUUGAGAAUCCGCCUUAUGUGAUCAACAACAUCAACGGUGCCUUGGGUGUCCACGCCGUCUCUCCUAACGCCACGCACGUCGAUGGAGUUGAGGAGUACGAUGUGCACAAUCUUUACGGUCAUCAGAUACUCAACGCCACGUACUACGGUCUGCUGGAUGUCUUCCCUGGCAAGCGGCCCUUCAUCAUCGGCAGGAGCACCUUUGCUGGAAGUGGUACCGUUGCUGGGCAUUGGGGCGGCGACAACACCAGUCUGUUUGCAUACAUGUACUUCUCCAUCGCUCAGGCACUCAACUUUGCGUUGUUCGGCAUACCAAUGUUUGGUGUGGACACUUGCGGCUUCAAUGGCAACUCAGAUGAAGAGCUUUGCUCCCGCUGGAUGCAGCUAUCUGCCUUCUUUCCAUUCUACCGGAAUCACAAUACUCUAUCGGCAGACUCCCAAGAAGCUUACGUCUGGGCAUCCGUUGCAGAAGCAUCUCGCAAAGCCAUGGCCAUUCGCUACAGCCUUCUCCCAUACAUGUACACUCUCUUCUACCUCUCUCACACGACCGGCAGCACCGUCAUGCGCGCCCUCUCGUGGGAAUAUCCAAACGACCCUACCCUGGCCGCAAUUGACAACCAGUUCCUCCUCGGUCCGAGCGUAAUGGUCGUUCCAGUUCUGGGCCAGGGCAUGGACUACGCCAGAGGCGUCUUCCCCGGUAUCGUGCAGGGCGAGGUUUGGUACGACUGGUAUACGCAGGAAGUGGUGUCCGCCAGACCAGGCCAGAAUGUGACCAUCCCGGCGCCGCUUGGCCAUAUCCCGGUGUUCAUCCGCGGAGGAUCGGUAUUGCCGCAGCAGGAAGCUUUGUACACGACGUUGGAGUCCAGAAACUCGAGCUGGAGUCUGCUCUGUGCGCUCGACGCCAAUGGCGCUGCAACAGGACAGCUCUACGUCGAUGAUGGGGAGAGCCUAGUACCGGAAUCGUCGCUGUUCGUCGACUUCGCUGCGAGCGAAGGGAGCCUUUAUGCCAGCGCUCGGGGUCUGUAUAACGACACCAACGCUCUCGCUAACGUGACGAUCAUGGGGGUUGCAAGUGAGCCGCAAAGUGUGACGCUAAACGGAGAGGACGUGGGCAAUGUGGCGUAUGACAGUAGCAGCAAGGUGUUGAAGCUGACUCAGCUCACGACUACUCCGGCGUGGAUGGAGGACUGGGUGUUGAGCUGGGCUUGA